GAUAAGGGACGGGAUCUGGGAUCGGAGCUCCCAGUCCCGCCGAUGCUCGGCAGCGGGGACUGGGGCAGCCGGCGAUUCCAUGGAUAUUCCCAGCGGGAUUCUCCUGGCCUGCUCCCUCUGCCUCCUGCCCGGAUUUGGGAAUUCCUUCAACAUCGACACCAAGAGGCCCCAGAUCAUUGUGGGAUCCAGGGAAUCUUUUUUUGGAUACACAGUGCAGCAGCACGACAUCGGCGGGAAGAAAUGGCUGGUGGUGGGAGCUCCGUACGAAUCCAACGGGCAGCAGAAGACCGGAGACGUCUACAAGUGUCCGGUGCUGAGUGAGAGCCAUGGAAACUGCACCAAGCUCAACCUGGGGCGGGUGACGCUGUCCAACGUGUCGGAGCGCAAGGACAACAUGCGCCUGGGCCUGAGCCUGGCCACCAACCCCAGGGACAGCAGCUUCCUGGCCUGCAGCCCCCUGUGGUCCCACGAGUGUGGCAGCUCCUACUACACCACGGGAAUGUGUUCCCGCGUCAACUCCAACUUCCGCUUCUCCAGAACCGUGGCUCCGGCUCUGCAGAGAUGCCAGACCUACAUGGACAUCAUCAUCGUUCUGGAUGGAUCCAACAGCAUUUAUCCGUGGGUUGAAGUCCAGCACUUCCUGAUAAAUAUCCUGAAAAAGUUUUACAUCGGUCCUGGACAGAUCCAGGUGGGAGUUGUCCAGUACGGAGAGGACGUGGUCCAUGAGUUCCACCUGAACGACUACAGGUCCGUGCAGGACGUGGUGGCGGCCGCCAGCCACAUCGAGCAGCGCGGCGGCACCGAGACCCGGACCGCCUACGGCAUCGAGUUCGCUCGCUCGGAAGCGUUUCGGAAAGGUGGCCGGAAAGGGGCAAAGCGAGUAAUGAUUGUCAUCACAGAUGGAGAGUCCCACGACAGCCCAGACCUGGAGAAGGUGAUCGAGGACAGCGAGAGGGACAACGUCACCAGAUACGCGGUGGCGGUCUUGGGUUAUUACAACAGGAGAGGGAUCAACCCCGAGGCCUUUCUGAACGAGAUCAAAUUCAUCGCCAGCGACCCCGAUGACAAACACUUCUUCAACGUCACCGACGAGGCGGCGCUCAAGGACAUCGUGGAUGCUCUGGGAGAAAGGAUUUUCAGCCUGGAAGGAACCAACAAGAACGAGAUCUCCUUUGGACUGGAAAUGUCCCAGACUGGAUUUUCAUCCCACGUUGUGGAAGACGGGAUCCUGCUGGGAGCAGUGGGAGCCUACGACUGGAACGGAGCCGUGCUGAAGGAGACCAGCAGCGGGAAGGUCAUUCCUCUGCGGGAAUCCUACCUGCAGGAAUUCCCGGAGGAGCUGAAAAACCACGGAGCCUAUUUAGGUUACACCGUCUCCUCCGUCGUCUCCACCAGGCACGAGCGGAUCUACGUGGCGGGAGCGCCGCGGUUCAACCACACCGGCAAGGUCAUCCUGUUCAACAUGCACAGCAACAGGAACCUCACCAUCCACCAGGCCCUCAAGGGAGAGCAGAUCGGCUCCUACUACGGCAGCGAGAUCAACUCCCUGGACGUGAACGGCGACGGCGUCACCGACGUGCUGCUGGUGGGCGCGCCCAUGUUCUUCAGCGAGGGCAGGGAGAGGGGCAAGGUCUACGUGUACGCCCUGCAGGGGAACCUCUUCGUUCCCAGCGGCGCCCUGGUGGACCUCCAGAGUUACCAGAAUUCCCGUUUCGGCUCCUGCAUCGCCGCCGUUCCCGACCUCAACCAGGACUCCUACAACGACCUGGUGGUCGGGGCCCCUCUGGAGGACGAGCACCAAGGAGCCAUUUACAUUUUCCUUGGAUUCCAGGAGACCAUCCUCAAGAAAUACAAGCAGCGGAUCGCGGCCGCCGACCUCGCUCCGGGCCUGAUGUAUUUUGGAUGCAGCAUCCACGGGCAGCUGGAUCUGAACGAGGACGGACUCGUGGACUUGGCUGUGGGCUCGUUGGGGAACGCCGUGGUGCUGUGGUCCCGCAGCGUGGUCCAGAUCAACGCCAGCCUCCGCUUCGAGCCGCCCAAGAUCAACAUCUUCACCAAGGACUGCAGGCGCAACGGGAAGGAGGCCACCUGCAUGAGGGCCUUCGUCUGCUUCACCGCCCUCUUCCUCUCCACUCACUUCCAGACUGCCAGCGUGGGGCUCAGGUACAACACGACCAUCGACGAGCGCCGCUACUCGCCCCGGGCGCACCUGGACGACGGCGGGGAGCGGGCGGCGCCGCGGGGGCUGGUGCUGCCCGCCGGGCAGGAGCUCUGCCACACCCUCCCCUUCCACGUCCUGGACACGGCGGAUUACGUGAAGCCGGUGACGUUCUCCAUCGACUACGAGCUGGAGCAUCCCGAGCACGGCCCCAUGCUGGACGAUGGGUGGCCCACCUCGCUCAGGGUCUCUGUCCCCUUCUGGAAUGGCUGCAACGAGGACGAGCACUGUGUCCCCGAUCUGGUGCUGGAUGCCAGAAGUGACAUUCCCAGUGCCAUGGAAUUCUGCCGGAGGGCGCUGCGGAGGGGGGACUGCUCGGCCUUCAGCCUCUCCUUCGACGCCUCCGUCUUCGUCAUCGAGAGCACCAGGAGAAGAGUGGCCGUGGAAGCCACGCUGGAAAACCGCGGGGAGAACGCCUACAGCACUGUCCUCAACAUCUCCUUCUCCAGGAACCUGCAGCUGGCCAGCUUGAUCACCAAGGACGACACCGACAUCAACAUCGACUGCGCCAGUGACGACAGACACCCCACCAGGAGGGUGUGCAACGUCAGCUACCCCUUCUUCCGAGCCAAGGCCAAGGUCGCUUUCCGCCUGGAUUUUGAAUUCAGCAAGUCCGUCUUCCUGCAGAGCAUGGAGGUCUACAUGGUUGCCAGCAGAGAAAACCUGGAGGGAAAGAAGAGCACAGAAAAUAUCAAAUUUGGGAAUUUUGGAGGAAAAUCCUACAAACCUCUUUGUCACCCUUUGUCCCACAGGACAUCGAGCCUGGACUAUUUUGAGAUCAGAUCCAACAAUUCCCUGGAUGGAUCCAACCCCAUUGGGCCCCCCUUCCACUGCACCUUCACGCUGCAGAACCUGGGAUUCUUCCCAGUGCAAGGGGUGACCCUAAAGAUCACCGUGCCCGUGGCCACCCGGGCAGGCAACCGGCUCCUGCUGCCCACGGAAUUCCGGGCAGACCAGGAAAACACGACCUGCAGCAUUUGGGGGAACACCACUGACUACCGGAGAACCCCGGCAGAGGAGGACCUGUCCCGCACCCCACACCUGAACCACAGCAACUCCGACGUGGUUUCCAUCGACUGCGAGGUGAAACUGGCUCCCAACGAGGAGCUGAACCUGCACUUGCGUGGGAAUCUGUGGAUGAAGUCUCUGAAAGCACUGAAGUUCAAGGCACUGAAGCUCACCACGAUCGCCGCGCUCCAGCGGCGCUUCCGGAGCCCCUUCGUUUUCCGGGAGGAGGAUCCCAGCCGCCAGAUCACGUUUGAGAUCUCCAAGCCCGAGGAAUCGCAGAUUCCCAUCUGGAUCAUCCUUGGGAGCACCUUCGGAGGCCUCCUGCUCCUGGCCCUGCUGGUCCUGGCGCUCUGGAAGCUGGGGUUCUUCAAGAGCGGGAGCCGCCGGCGAGCGGCCGAGCGGGAGCAGAAUUCCCACGGGAUGGAGUGACUCUGCCGGGGCCAGGAGCCCCCUCCCAGCUCCGGAGAUUCCCGGGAUCCCGAGGGAUUUGGGGGCUGAGCUUGGCUUUGCAGCAGGACGAGAGAACACCCCUUGUGGGACAGCACUUAGAAGCCAUUAAAAAACCCCUCAAACCAACUGAAAAUUCCCCAAAAGUCUCCUCGGAGGUGCUUUCAACUGGGAUUCCAUAAAAAUGCCCCUCAAAUCAACCAAAAAUUCCCCAAAAAUCUCCUCGGAGGUGCUUCCAACUGGGAUUUCACCAAGGUGGCAGCAGCGGGGACGAGGGGACACCGACGUGAGGGGUCCCUGAAGUGGAGCUGGAAAACUCCUUAAAAUAAUAAUAUUAUCCCAAAAAUCCCCCCCAUGGGUUGCUCCUUCCCGUGGCGGAGCUGUCGCAGGCCCCGGGCUCUGCUGGCCACAGCUCUCAAACUGCCUUCGUUAAGAGAAGUUAAUUAAGUGGAGGCGUUAAUUAGUCUGAAUGCACUGAAUGAAAUUCUUGUGAUUUCAAGCACCUUAAAUCUCCGGUGUCCAGCUGUACAUAAUUCUUCUAAAAACAGGAAGGAAAGGAGGGAGGAAAAUUUAAGACCCUGCC